AGACGCAUACCAUUGCCGAAUGUCAACAUUAUCAUCAUGAAAAGUGUUGUCCUGAAAUUAGUAUUGUGCGCUGAUGGUUUUUCACGGAUUGCUGGUUCGAAGUCACAGUAGCCUUGAUUUAUAAUGGAGAAAUAUGAAAAGAUCCGUGUCGUCGGGAGAGGAGCGUAUGGGAUUGUCCACCUUUGUCGGCGGUUGGCGGACAAGAAGCUGGUCAUCAUCAAACAGAUCCCCGUGGAACAGAUGACCAAAGAGGAACGGCAAGCUGCUCUCAAUGAGGUGAAGGUCCUCUCCAUGCUGUCGCAUCCAAACAUCAUACAGUACUUUGAAAACUUCCUCGAGGACAAGGCUCUCAUGAUCGCCAUGGAGUACGCUCAAGGGGGAACACUGAGUGAGGUGCUACAACAGAGGAACAACAACUUACUAGAUGAAGAGGACAUACUGAAGUAUUUCGCCCAGAUGUUACUGUCCCUACAACACGUACACUCCAAGCAGAUCCUGCACCGAGACCUGAAGACACAGAACAUCCUGCUGGACAGGAGGAAGGAGGUGGUCAAGAUUGGUGACUUUGGUAUAUCUAAAGUACUCAGCAGCAAGAGUAAGGCAUACACGGUAGUGGGAACACCUUGCUACAUUUCUCCAGAACUUUGUGAAGGAAAGCCCUACAACCAAAAGAGUGACAUAUGGGCCCUGGGGUGUGUGCUGUAUGAACUGGCCAGUCUUAAAAAGGCCUUUGAAGCAGCGAAUCUCCCAGCUUUGAUCCUGAAGAUUAUGCGAGGGACUUUCGCGCCAAUAUCAGAGACAUACAGUGAAGAGUUGCGGUCCUUGAUCUUAAGUAUGCUUCACCUGGACCCAAACAAACGACCACAUAUCAAUCAGAUCAUGGCCCAACCAAUUGUGUCCAAUGCAUUGCUGAACCUCCACACAGAGAUGGGAAAACUUCCAUGUACAAGAGUUCACAGACCAAUGCCAACACCUGCCAUUAACCGUCCUCAACGCGGGAACAAGAGCUCCAGAGAUACGCUAUCUUCCAAGCCACCAUCCAUGAGCUCAGUUUACUGUUGGGGUAAUGGGAUGACAACUCCUCUGAAGCUACCCCUCCCCACUAGUGACACACAAGUUACCCAGGUCUCCACGGGUCGUUCACAGCGUGCCUCUAUUACCAAAAACGGACGCCUGUUUGUGUGGGAGGCCUCCGUUGGAACAGACAAUUUAAUGCCAGGGGCAACUGAAGGUCAAUCUUUAGGGUUCAUCCCCCGGUACCUAGAGGGCCAGUCUGCUGUUAACCUACAGCAUGUGUCAUGUGGGGACCUCUUUACAGCUUGUCUCACAGAUCGUGGUAUCCUAAUGACAUUUGGUAGUGGUGCCAACGGAUGCCUAGGCCAUGGAAACUACAACGAUGUCGUACAGGCCAAGAUUGUGGAGUCGUUGCUAGGCUAUGAGGUAGUACAGGUGUCGUGUGGCGCCACCCACGUACUAGCUGUCACUAACGAACAUGAAGUGUUUGCCUGGGGACGGGGUGAUAACGGUCGACUUGGCCUUGGUAGCCAGGACUCGUUCUCCACACCUCAGAUGGUCCCGGUACCUAAACCACAUCAUCCGUCCUCUGUCCAUUGUGGGAUGGACUGCUCAAUGAUCCUCACACUAGAAAACAAACUUCUGUGUUCUGGAAGUAACAGGUACAAUAAACUAGGCCUUGACGAGAUUGGACCAGAUGGCAGCUGUUCUAAAGUUGUAGAGGAUGUGUACAAUUUCAUGAGUAUUGCAUCACAUCCUAUUAAUGAGAUGGCGGUAAAAAUGGUUGCACUAGGGACAUCCCACUCAGGUGUUGUAACAGUGGAGGGUCAGUGCUAUGUGUUCGGAUCUAACCAGUUUGGACAGUUGGGAAAUUCUGAGGGUACACACAGACAGAUACAGCUAGUGCAAGCUCUCCUUAACCAGAAGGUGACAUUGGUAGCCUGUGGGGAUACAUUUACAGUGGCGGCCAUUGAAGAGGGAGAGGUAUACUCCUGGGGAAACAGUGCACGAGGCAGACUAGGAAGGUCAGACGCAGAAUCUUCACCCAAGAAAGUAAAUCUAUCCUCAGAUGAACUCUUCUCUGUCAUAUCUAUAUCCUGUAACCAUGGAAACACACUGCUGGCAACUAGACCUGUCCAAAGAACUGACAGUCCCUCUAUGGAACAGUGACACCUUUAUAUACAAACACUGUGUAUAAUGACCAGCCCUCCAUGGAACAUUGAUGUUUGUGUAUAAUGACCAUCCCUCCAUGGAACAGUGAUGUCUAUGUAUACUGACCAUCCCUCCAUGGAACAGUGAUGUUUGUGUAUAAUGACCAUCCCUCCAUGGAACAGUGAUGUUUGUGUAUAAUGACCAACCCUCCAUGGAACAGUGAUGUCUAUGUAUACUGACCAUCCCUCCAUGGAACAGUGAUGUCUAUGUAUACUGACCAUCCCUCCAUGGAACAGUGAUGUUUGUGUAUAAUGACCAUCCCUCCAUGGAACAGUGAUGUUUGUGUAUAAUGACCAUCCCUCCAUGGAACAGUGAUGUUUGUGUAUAAUGACCAUCCCUCCAUGGAACAGUGAUGUUUGUGUAUAAUGACCAUCCCUCCAUGGAACAGUGAUGUUUGUGUAUAAUGACCAUCCCUCCAUGGAACAGUGAUGUUUGUGUAUAAUGACCAUCCCUCCAUGGAACAGUGAUGUCUGUGUAUACUGACCAUCCCUCCAUGGAACAGUAUACAGUUGUUUCAUGCCUUAUCAGUCAACAGUCAAAACUAUUUUCCCGAGGAGUUGGGACCCUCCAGAUGAACUGUUUCCCGCGGCCGCAGUGAUGUUUGUGUAUAAUGACCAACACUCCAUGGAACAGUGAUGUUUGUGUAUAGUGACCAUCCCUCCAUGGAACAGUGAUGUUUGUGUAUAAGGACAGUCCCUCGAAAGAACAUUGACACCUGUGUAUAAUGAAUGUCCAUCCAUGGAACAAUUAUACCUGUGUAUAAUGACGAUCCCUCCAUGGAACAGUGACACCUGUGUAUAAUGACCAUCCCUCCAUGGAACAGUGGCACCUGUAUAUUUUUACUGUCUGACCAUGGAACAGUGGCACCUAUUCCUUCAUUGAAAAAUGAUACUUAGAUGCAGAUUUUUUUGAUUUUUUUUAAAAUAUAGGCUAUAAGUUGCUUGUUAGGGUAUAUGACGUACCUGUUUGUGAUAGAUGUAGAUGCUGGUGGAUGCUGGUUGUCAGAGAUGAAGGCUGUGUUUGUGAUGUGUAAUGUAUCUUACGCUAAUGUAUCAAAAGUAGUGUUACAUUCAAAAUCUGUCUCAUAUGUUUUGCUUAUACUCCAGAUGAUUGUUCUCUGUUCUAUAUGUUUUAUGUUAUGGAAUCCAACAAUAAGGAAGCAUCAAGUAAACUUGUUGGAUGUAAUUAUUGAAAUAUGAUGUUACCUGUCCGAAUAAAACCUGUACAAUCUGGAAUUCUGUAUAAAACAGAUUUCCAAUUUAAUAUUUUAUGUACUUAACAUUACAUUAUGGAAGUUGUAAAUCUAAAAUGAAAGUUCAUGUGUGCUCUAUCCAAAACUUGUUUAUUUUUGAGAAAUGCAAUAUUUUAAAAGACUUUAUCGUUGAAUCCAAACACAAAUUUUGGAGGUUACAUAAGCAUAUUUAAUGGUUUUUUUUAUAUUACAUAGUUGAAUAUUUGAUGCUAUAUUACAUAUCUUCGUGAUAUUAUGUGUAUCAUUUUACUAUGCAUCAUUGACUGUCUACGCAGAUCCGUCCUGUAUCUCACUGUGAUAAAUAUCAUGUAUGAAAACUACAGACCUUUGUUGUGUGUUACGUUACUUGGGAAUGCAUCCCACUCAACCGUAGAAUGCUAAUCACUUCACUGGACAAAGUCAUCAACUUUACCUGACAAGAUCACCUACUCUUCCCGGGAUGGCGAACCAUUCCACGUGGUCAGAUUGGGAAGAUCAUCCAGUUUCCUGUGAAGGUCAUACACUCGAUUUAGUAAGGUCAGCUGAUCAUCUACACCUGGUCUUGUUGGAAAUUGUCUAAAAGAUGUCUUCAGAUAUAAGUCCAUGUUACAGCUGUUAAUGUUUCCAUAGCUACUAGCAGUGUUGUUGUGUGUUUGUCCAUUCACUUGGGCCUUUUACUUAAGUACCAGAACCGAGACAAAUUUAUAAAAAAACAACUUACAAAUGAUAAAAUUGGCAACCUCUUUGUCUAUUGAUUGACAUUGACUAUCAUGGUCUCUGUUUCAUUUUGUUUUAUGCAAUAAACAACAUCGUACUGAACAUCAAGUCCAAUGAUUUUAUUUAUAGUACAGAUACAACAAUGCAGUAUGUAGGAUAUCAUUAAGACAUGUACAGCUGAAGUAUCCACCCGCAUACAUCAU